UUCUGUGCUGGGAUACUGUGUCCCCUGGAAAUGUCAGAGCUCUUUGGGGGAGAAAAAAGCUCUAUGAUCAGAAAUGAGCAUGGCAAUAUAUUUAUCAGAACUUAUGUAUUUGUGCCUGCAGCAAAAUAAAUGGGAUUUAUUGGAAAAUCUUCAAGUAAAUCAGGGUUAGAGAUAUCUCAAGAAAAUGAUAUAUAUACAUAUUUAUUCCCACCCCCCUUACAUUUAAAUGUAGAGACUGAGUCUCUGCUUGAACCCCCUUCAAGGCAUAACUUCCUGGGAUACUGCAAUUUAGCCACAGAAGAAGAAUGGCUUAUCCGGAGGCAGUGAGCUCUGAAGCAAUCACAAGGUUGUUUACGCGCCUGCCUUGCUGCAGAAGCGGACAGUGGGCAGCAGCCCUGCCUGCUGCUGGUCUGUUGAUGGUAACUUUUAUGAACGAACUGGAAAGAGGCAGGCUAAGUCAUGUGGGAGAGGCCACAGUUCAGAUGGAAGGAAAAUGGGUAUCGGUGCACCAGGCAUUCCAGCCCAAAGGUCCGGAUUCUCCCUCUAUCCCUAGACUGCUAGUUGUCGCACUCUGAGAGACCUCAUAGAAUGCUGAUCGACGUGUUAAAAAUGGUUGCAGGCACGACCAUUUGUCUCAGAGAGGCGUCAGUAAAAUUUGUGCCUUAGGUGAGCAUGUAUGUGAUAAGCAUCGAUAGAGAUGCCCAUGAAUGAGCUCGCAAGCUUCUGACUCCACUCUGGAACCCUGGGAUUUUAGGGGUCGGGCAGUUUGGCCGCAGCGGUGUUGAUGCCUCUGGCUAGUAUGAGAAACACUAAGGGCAGGAUCAUCUCAGAUCUUCGUUAUGGCAACUCAUGCAAGAAGCUGUUGAAUUAGAUCCGUUUCCUAUAGAUGAGAAACCAAACAAGCAGUGGUAUUUAUGAGCCUCCAUUUACUGUACUACUGCAGUGAACCAACCUUGGAUGUGAAAAUUGCCUUUUGUCAGGUGUGUGUUUCUUAGAGGUAAAACAAGGGAUUCGAUAAACAAGUGGAUGUGUCAUAUAUUGCCAAACAUUACAACAUGAGCAAAAGCAAAGUUGACAACCAGUUCUACAGUGUGGAAGUAGGAGAUUCAACCUUCACAGUUCUCAAGCGCUACCAGAAUCUAAAGCCUAUUGGCUCUGGGGCUCAGGGAAUAGUUUGUGCUGCAUAUGAUGCUGUCCUUGACAGAAAUGUGGCCAUUAAGAAGCUCAGCAGACCCUUUCAGAACCAAACGCAUGCCAAGAGAGCUUACCGGGAACUGGUCCUCAUGAAAUGUGUGAACCAUAAAAACAUUAUUAGUUUACUAAAUGUCUUCACACCCCAGAAAACGCUGGAGGAGUUCCAAGAUGUUUACUUAGUAAUGGAACUGAUGGAUGCCAACUUGUGUCAGGUGAUUCAGAUGGAAUUAGACCAUGAACGAAUGUCUUACCUUCUAUACCAAAUGUUGUGUGGCAUCAAGCACCUUCACUCUGCUGGAAUUAUUCACAGGGAUUUAAAACCAAGUAACAUUGUAGUCAAGUCUGAUUGUACAUUGAAAAUCCUCGACUUUGGACUGGCCAGGACCGCAGGCACGAGCUUCAUGAUGACUCCUUACGUGGUGACGCGUUAUUACAGAGCCCCUGAGGUCAUCCUGGGAAUGGGCUACAAGGAGAACGUGGAUAUAUGGUCUGUGGGAUGCAUUAUGGGAGAAAUGGUUCGCCACAAAAUCCUCUUUCCAGGAAGGGACUGUAUCCUUGUACCUUUUGCUGCAGCUUUACAUGUCUUGUUCUCUCUCCCUUUAAACACCUAACAGUUUUACCAGGAG